AUGACUGCUUCAACAAUUAUUAACUGCAAUGAAGGUAAAAUGCCAUUAUCUGUCAUCACUGAUGGUGACCCAGCCAUGCGAAAUGCAAUAGGUAAGGUGUUACCAGCAGCUCACCACAGGCUAUGUGGAUGGCAUCUAUUACGGAAUGUCACAAGCAAUGUGCACAACCUGUUGUUUACUUCCUUGUUUGGAAAAUGCACGUUUGGUGAUUAUGACAUUGGUCAAUUUCAGAGGAAGUGGGAUGAAAUGGUUGAAAAGUGUGGUGUUGAAGAACACAUUUGGGUUAAAGAUUUGUAUGAUAGGAGGCAAAUGUGGGCAACAACACAUAUUCGUGGCAAUUUCUUUGCUGGUUUUAGGACUACUUCUCCUGUAGAAGGGUUGCAUGCUAAUGUUGGAAGGUUCAUAAACUUCAACAAUAACCUUGUGGAAUUCGUACAACAUUAUCAAAGGUGUAUUGAUUUGAUGAGAUUCAAGGAAGUUCGCGCAGACUUUGAGUCUUCACAUGGUGAACAUCCAUUGGAAACACCUCUUAGAUUAAUAGAGAGGUCAGCUUCAAAGAUAUCCACAAAUAUCUUUUUCAAAGUUCGUACUGUGUUAAGAAAGGCAUUAACUACUCGGGUGGUUGUUUUGAAACAGACAUCAAUGUGCACAAUUUAUUCUAUCUCCAAGUAUCGCUGUAGUGAUUAUCGUUGGCUUGUUGUUGUUAGUUCAUCAAUGAGUGAAAUAAAGUGUUCUUGCUUGAGGAUGGAGUCCAAUGGUAUUCCAUGUGAACAUUUACUUGCUGUGAUUGCGUUUUUAGAUAUGGACGAAAUACCCAAGUGUUUGGUAUUGGAUAGAUGGACAAAAGAUGCAAAAGUGUCACGUGAGGGUCUGCAAAAUGGUGUUGUAGAUUCAUUGACUGCAUGUCGAUAUGAGGCGUUAAGGGAAAGGUGCAGGCGCAUGUGUAAGUUGGCAAGCAGGUCCUUAGCACAGUUUGAGGAGACCAAUUCCCUUAUAAUGUCUCAUUCGCAUAAACUUGAAUUACUUGACAAUGGCGGGGUAAACCAGGAUGAGAAUAAUGUUGAUGAAUGCCUUGAUGGGGAUGUCAGAGACCCUGAAAUGGUGAGGAGUAAGGGUUUUCGAAGGAUGCUUCACAAAGGGGUGGUAGAGCCAAGCGUGCUGUACACUGUGGUCGUUGUGGAUGCGUAG